AUGACUCCCAGCACUCCGCUGAAGGCCUUCCUGCGAGCCAGAUUGGAGAGGCUGAUCAAGUCGCCGCCGGCGGCCUCUAGUGCGGGUCAGGCCUCCAUAGUAGCUGUCUGGCUGAUCGAACUACUGCUCGGUGAAAUCGGUCUGUUGGAGGAUCGUUGUUCAAAGGCAAAUGCACCCGCCGUCCACCGAGAGGAGUUGCUGGAUGUUCGAAAGGAGUUUCGCCAACUUAUCACCUCUGAUCUCGUGAAGAGUAUCAUGCCGUCCCUGAAAAGUCUAAUCUACCAACUCCUGACAAGUCACGGAAAUCACGAAGACUUCGUAUUCUUUGCUAAGACGGUUGGAGAUCACGCAGAACUUGUGCACCACUACAUGUCUCUGGGCAUGUAUACGGAGGCCCUUUUCACUCUGUCAGCGCACCCGUCUUGUGCCAACCUGCACUACACUUAUGCAGUUCAGCUCUCCUCUUGUGAUCCGAAAAUGCUAGUGGAUGCCUGGAUUCGUGCUGGUCAACGACUGGAGCCCUCAAGGUAA